AAAAGAGGCUCGCGCGCGCCGACCUGGCACAAGUUCGCCGCCGCAGCAGCCGCCGCAAUAUUAUAUUUUUUUGCUGUCAAACGCCUGCUCCGCCGCGACGCGCCGCACACCCAUACGCUGUGUCUGUAGGGAGCUCAGUAAGCGCCGCGCGGCAGGAUGGCCUCCACGGACCCCGACGAGCUCUACACGCUCAGGAACCUCUUCUGGCUGGGCUCCUUCCAGCAGGCCAUCAACGAGGGCGGCCGCCUGAACCGCUUGACGGAUGAGUUAAAAAUAGAGCGCGACGAAUUUGUAUACAGGAGCUACGUCGGCCAGGGCCAGUACGCCCUAGUUAUCAGCGAGGUCGACGACGACGCCCCGGUUAGUUUGCGAGCGGUGAAAUUAUUAGCGGAGUACCUCGAGAACCCGUCCGGGACGCGCGACGGCGUCGUCGAGACUUUGGGAACGUGGCUCACCGAGAAGGAGACGCGCGAGAACUCUACCGUGCAGUUGGUAGCCGCCAUCAUCUACCAGAGAGAAGACCUGCAGAAGGAGGCCUUCACGGCCCUCAAAAAGCAAUCAACCAUGGAGCAGACCGCGCUGUGGGCGCAGAUGUGCCUGCAGAUCAAUAGAUGUGAUUUAGCCGAGCAGUCCUUCAAGAAGCUCGAGGCGAUCGACGAGGACGCGACGCUGACGCAGCUCGUGGGCGCGUGGAUCAAUCUGCACAAAGGUGGCGACAACACGAAGGAGGCGGCGUAUACGUACGAGGAGCUCAUCGACAAGUUCGGAAGUAGCUUGACGCUGCUGAACGGGUUGGCCGUCGCCAAGAUGCACCAGAAGGAUUAUGAGGAAGCCCAGAAAAGAUUGCAGGAGGCCCUCGGGAAGAAGAGUGAUGAUGCGGACGCUUUGAUCAAUUUGAUCACGUGCAGCGCGCACAUGGGCAAGGAGGAGAAGGAGAUCAACCGCUACCAGCAAUUACUGUACGGCGCGCACCCGAACCACCCCUACGUCGUCAACAUGAAGGCGAAGGAGGCGGAGUUCGAUCGGCUGGCCGCCGAAUAUUUGGAGAAGGAGGGGCUCGAGGAGGACGCGGAGGGGAAUUUGGUCAAGGUCGGCAACUAGGGGCGUAAGAGUCGCGUUAGGA